GAUAAAUAAAGUUCUCCAUAAUUUUUUUUUUUUAUCAUUUAUCCAAAACGAUUUUUUAUCCUCAUUGAAAAUGUUAGCUUUAGCAGCAAUUCGUACUAGUUUAUAAUAAUGGGAAAGUAUUUCAAUCGAUAAUAUUUUAUACGAAAUAUACAGAAAGGCGGAUAUCGACAUCUGAACUAUAAUCGAUCGCGGGUUUUGUCAACAGAAGGGGGCUCAGGCGUGUUGGGAUGUCGGCCAGUAUGAAUGACAUCUGAUAAAUCCCGUCGCUGCAGCAAUAAUGGUGGUUAAUAUCGAAUUGUUACCCGAUGUGCUGAUCGAAUAUAUCUUCAGUUACUUGUCUCCUUAUAGAGAUCUAAAGCAAUGCAUGCUCGUUUGUAAAACUUGGUAUCAUCAUGUGCAAGCUGUUAUUAGGAAGACACAACGGGAUUUUAACCACGCCAUUAAAACUAUGAGGAUUGAAUGGUGUCAUCUUCCUGCCGAAACUGGUCCUUCAAUAUCUAAGCGAUUUUCACAUAGUGCAUGUUGUUGUGGAUCUUCUAUGUAUGUUUUUGGAGGAUGUACUACAGCUAAUACAACAUUUAAUGAUUUGUGGAGAUUAGAUCUUGCAACAAGAACCUGGAUACGUCCUUUAGCUACUGGUACAUAUCCCCCUCCAAAAGCUUGUGCAACCUUAGUUUGUCAUGAAGAUAAUUUAAUUCUGUUCGGAGGAUGGACUCAUACAUCUCCCUAUCCAUUACAUCAGGCAUGGAGAAUAUUCAAUCAUUUGCACAUAUACAAUAUCACUACAAAUCGCUGGACACAAGUUGUCACUGUUUGUCCAGGUAUGGCUGGACAUUCUGCAACAAUACAAGGAGAUUCAAUGGUUGUAUUUGGUGGUUUUCAUUGUGAAAGAGGUGGUGGUCCUUUUUCUAGCUCCAAUGAAAUUUGGGUAUUAGAUUUAAAGACAUUGACAUGGACAAAACAUCCAACCACAUUUCCUCAACCUCUUCCACGCUAUGGGCAUUCACAGAUAAAUAUUGAUGAAAAACAUAUUUUGAUUGUUGGCGGUUGUGGAGGACCAAACAUGUUACUGAAUGACAUAUGGCUACUUACUUUAAGUGAUGACCCUUUUCAACCUUGGGAAUGGAAAGAAAUGGAAAUUGAACAUAAAGAAAAUGGAGCACCACAUUUAUCCUUCCAUCCAGCUUGUAAAGUUAGUGAUCAAGUUAUUGUGCUCAGUAAAUCACAAAGAUCAGUUACCUCAGCAUCAAGUUUACCGCUACUUUUAAGAGCACCUUCCAGAAUAUGGGUUCCACCAAGAGCAGAUAUAAGUAAUCAGAGUGCUAAUGAAGUGGAAAAAUGUGUGAAUGGCAAAAAAGGAGUAUUAAAAAGACAUUCAGCUACCGGUUACACUUCAAGUAGUGAUGAAGAAGAAUAUCAAUAUAGGACUACAGCCAAAAAAUUAGCAAAUGUUGAUGAUCCUCAGAACUCUGAUAAUAUAGAAAAAAAUAAUUUAGUUGAUCACUUUCAAAAACCACAAUCAUCUAGCUCAGCAGGCCCUUCUUAUAGAACAGAAAAUAAACAACAGUUAUCAAUUAGAGAUGUUUUAUCAACACCAUCUUCUUCGUCAUCAUUACCAUCGUCGUCGGCAUCGUCUAGCAGUCAGGACGGACAAUCUUUAACUACUUCAGAUAAAUCAAUGUUAUCUAUCCGACCAAAUUCUCGUCGUAAUAGGCAGCGUCAAUUAGAAGGUUUAGACAGAAUGGAACAGAGGUUACGAGAUCUUUGUGCUAAAAAUAUUCAGAGGCCACCAGAAGCUGUGUUUAGUAGGCAAAAACCAAAGAAACUGAUAUCGCCAACUAAUGCAAGAAAUCCCAUGUGCAUAUACGUUCUAGACAUAAGUAAUGCUUGUACCAAACACAAAGUUCGUUGGCAACCGCUUCAGUGCAUCACUAGUUACGGACCAGAAGAAAUAAUUCUCUACUCGCUAGUUCUCGGACGAGGAGAAAUAAUAAUGUUCGGAGGUAUACAGAAAUAUUUGAAUUCACGCCAGCAGGAAGGAGAAUGCGUACCGGAAGUAGUGUCCAAUGCAAUAUAUUUUUUAUCUGCAACCAAAUCUAUUAUUUAAAUACAGAAAAUGGCCGUAUUUUGUGACAUAAUUCACAAUUAUUAAGUGGUCAUGAUUUCGAUAUUUAUAUAACUGUUUGGAAGUUAUAAGUUUAUUAUAUUUAAAUACAGACAUUUUAGCAUAAAUUCUGAAGUUUCAUCAACCGGCAUUAAUGAAAUUUCUAUAUAAAAAAUUGUUUUUUUUUUUAUAUAUUAUAAUAUUAAAAUAUUAAGUUUAUCAUAUUUUCAAUUAUAGAUUUAUAAUAAAUAAAAUAAAAUAAUUUACAUAUAAUUGAUAUUGUUUCUCACAAAAUUGUCAACAAUGAUGGAAAAACAGAUAGUCUAGAGAAAUAAAGUUGGUAAGUGCGCGUUGUAGCUUUAAUUUCUUCCUGGAAACUCUGUCACAAACAAAAAGUUGUUAAACAAAUAAGUGAAUUUCAUUAACUUCAAUGGGAAAAAUCGU